AUGAGCAGAGCGCCACCGCCGACCGUCAACGUCGCUGCCCAGCGCGUCGCCGAUUUCAUGACGGCCAUCAACCAAUUGUUUCGCAGCACGCAGUUCUCGGAUGUCAAGAUCCGGCUCGGCGAGGUUGAGCUCCCCGCUCACGGCUUCGUGCUGUCAGCGCAGACCGACUACUUUGCUCGCGCGCUAGCCAGCAAGUUUGAAGAAGGCGCCACCGGCACCUUUCAGUACGACGAGGGAAGCAUGCAUGCGUACUGGCGAUGCUUCAAAUACAUUUACACGGGCGAAUACGCCGAGGAGCCGGCCGCGGAGCUGAGCGUACCAGAUGACGACGAAUUGUCCAAAGAAGUACGCGUGUAUGAACUCGCACAGUACUUCGGUGUCAAGGGCCUCGGGGAGUAUUCGCUGGACAGGUUCAAGAUCAAAAUUGACAAGCUGUGGGUCAGCGAACGAUUCGUGGACUGCAUUCGGGACGUGUACGCCUCGACUGUCGACUCGGACUGCAAGAUGCGCAAGGCCGUGGUCGACGUCACGAACAGGCACUUUAGCCAGCUGUGGGACAAGCCCUUGCAGGAUUUGAUGCGCGAAGGCGGCGAUUUUGCUGUCGACCUCAUGGAGCAGGUGAGCAGAUGA